GGAAGGGGCGGGGCAGGGAGCCCGCCAGAGUGCGGGGUCGCGGUCCGGACCCGGAGCACGAGCCCUAGAGCGUCUCAGCACUCGUCGCUUCUUCUAGCAGACCCCACCCGGCCUGGCGAUGGAGUUUCCGGACCUCGGGGCUCACUGUUCGGAGCCGAGCUGUCAGCGCUUGGGGGCGGUGUGUCGCAAAUAGGAUGGUGUUUUCCUUCCGCUGAGUGGAAGGCUUGAGUGAGAGAGAAGGACAUCGAGGUCCCCCUGUACCUGCAAUCCGACCAACUCUCUGCAGAUUUUCUGCCGCUUAAGUGUGAUGCCUGCUUAGGCAUCUUCUGCGCAGACCAUGUGGCCUACGCCCAGCAUCACUGUGGAUCUGCUUACCAAAAGGAUAUCCAGGUACCUGUGUGCCCUCUCUGUAAUGUACCUGUGCCUGUGGCCAGAGGGGAGCCCCCUGACCGUGCUGUGGGAGAGCACAUUGACAGAGACUGUCGCUCUGAUCCAGCACAGCAAAAACAUCUUUACCAAUAAGUGUGAGCGCACUGGCUGCCGGCAGCGAGAAAUGAUGAAACUGACCUGUGAACGGUGUAGCCGAAACUUCUGCAUCAAGCACCGGCACCCACUGGACCAUGAUUGCUCUGGGGAGGGGCACCCAACCAGCCGGGCAGGACUUGCUGCCAUCUCCAGAGCACAAAAUGUGGCUUCUACAAGCACUGUCCCCAGCCCAAGUCCAACCAUGCCUUCCUGUCCCUCUCCCAGCAGAGCCACAACCCAGUCUCCAUCCUGGACAGCCCCUCCAGUGAUUGCUUUGCAGAAUGGCCUGAGUGAGGAUGAAGCUCUGCAGCGGGCCCUGGAAAUGUCCCUGGCAGAGACCAAACCCCAGGUUCCAAGUUGUCAGGAGGAAGAAGACCUAGCUUUAGCGCAAGCACUGUCAGCCAGUGAGGCAGAAUACCAGCGGCAGCAGGCCCAGAGCCGCAGCUCGAAGCCAUCCAACUGCAGCCUGUGCUAGGGCCCUGGGCUUGGGGAGGGAGGUUCACCUGAGGAGGACUGUGGCCCUCACACCUCUAGGGUACACAGGGAGAGGCGGCCCGGAGUAGCCUGGAGGGCAGAGACAAGCGGGAGUGAUGUGGAGGUCGCCCUGGGAGCCUCUGGAAGGCCUUGCUAGUGUUCCAGCUGCAUGGGAGAGAGCAGCUAGCAACUGCUGCCUGGUUGGGCCCUCGGUGGAUGCUGGCCAGGCCCUGCUCUCAGUCCUAUCAUCAUGUCAUCUCCCUUUUGCUGGAGCUGCCCUGACAUGGAGUGGGCAGGAAGGGUCCUGGAGAAAAUAAAGGAUCUUGGCAGUUGAUAGGA